AUGGUGAAACGGAAUGGAGCAUCGAAGGAACUGUAUCUGGCUCUGGAGGAAAGCUCUUACGAAUAUCGGAGUCUGGAGUUGGAGCGAAUGGAUGGCGAAAAGGCCCUACAGCAACGAUUCCCUCAUGCUGUUGUGACGUCAGACAACAGUCUUCCUGUGCCUCGACUUCCUCCUUCCCCGACUCGAGUCGAUCGUCUCGUCGUCGACAGCUUGCGUGAAAAUGCUAAGGUCAUCACGUUGAUGGGACAAAUGGAAGGACUUCGUGGCUAUCUUCUUCCAUCAUCGUUGUUCGAAGCCAUGGCGGAUUGGAGUGAUGCAGUACGGGCUGUCAAAGAAGCACGUCAUCGUGAGGUCCUGUCUCUUCAUCAUAAGCCUUUUUCCCCUGCUCACGGUUCUUCCGAUGUUGCUCUAAUGGACCGUUUCGAGUGGUGUAACACUCAGCUGGAGGCGGGAGAAUCCAUCCUUCAGCGUGGCAAUCUCAUUCGAUUGUAUGAUGGAGACGAUAAGACUUCUUUCGAUGAUGGGCAGCUCAUCCUGACCGACUACCGCCUCAUUUGGAAAAAGUUGGAAGACUCAAAGGGCCUCGGAUUAUCCUUAAAAUAUAUCGUUCUCGCUGAAGCAGAAGAAAAGGGAUUCAGAGGAACACCCAAAAUACGGCUUUAUGUCAGUCAACCAAAUGCAGAAAAACUGCCAGGACCUGUUGCUCACAGUCCAAGUUCCCAUCUGAAAUUGGGAUUCAAGGAUGGAGGCCUAAAACAAAUGUUGACUGCCAUAGAACAAGCAGUGCGAGAGAGACAAGGAGCAAUAUCUGAUGAUGAAACUAUUGAAUUUAAGGCAUAUCUUCUCAGCCUGGGUAUUGAUGAUCCAGAGGCUGGUGGGAUGAUGUCAUUGACAGAUGUCUAUUGCAGAAUGAAUAGAGCCCGGGGCUUGGAACUCCUUUCUCCUGAGGAUCUUCUGAAUGCAUGCCAUCAGUUAAAUUCUUUAAACUUACCUGUUAGAUUCAGGCAAUAUGAAUCAGGACUUUGUGUCCUACAGUUGGCUGAUCAAGAUGAUGACUUUAUCAUUGCUGCCACUGCUCCUGAAUUGGAGCAAUGUGGAUCCUUGUCAGCAGAAGAAUUAGCCAAAAGUGCAGGAAUAACAGUGGUGUUGGCAAAGGAGCGGCUGUUGGUCACUGAGAGAGCUGGAUUUGCCUGCCAAGAUGAUUCUGUGGAAGGCUUGCGAUUUUUCCCAAAUUGGGGAAAGUACAUUGAACCUGGCCAAUGGUUUGUGAUGGCUUGGAGGUUCCAGGCAUCAAAGUUUAAAAAUGCAGUUGGGUCAGUGGCAAAGAAGGAAGAGUGGAUUCAUGGAAUCAAUGUUGGUGACGUUCGAACAGGCAUACACCCAUCCAUUGCAGCCUCAGCAGUUUACAUUGCAUUCACAGAGGAAGGAAAAGGUAGUGGUGGGGUUGGGGUAUGUCGUCUGGAACAUGAGAAAGUGGCCAAGGAAAUAGCUAUCUUUGAGGUGUUUCAUCCACACAAUCAGACUGUCACAAACCUAGAAUUUUCUCCCUUUGAUGAUGGACUCUUGGCUACAGCAGCCACUGAUGGCUUGGUGAAGCUCUGGCAUGUGGGGGAAGGUUAUAAUAGCCCAUCAUGGACCCUUUCCCCUGCAUUUGAGAAUGGGAUUGAUAUUCUGAGAUUUCAUCCAACUUCUGACUUCCUCCUUUCCUUUACAUCUGAAGGAGAACUCCUUCUAUAUGACUUCUUGGAACAAAAACAGCUUAUCAGACUGGAUAGCUUUGACACUGGAAUCCAGUCAUUGAGCUGGAAGAAAGAUGGUUCCCAGUUGGCAGUCCUGGACAAUCAACCCAUGCUUACUGCCUUAGAUCCUAGGAAUAGUGUCACAGGAGCCAUGAAGGCAAAUGUGCCCAGCAUUAUUCCCAGGGAUGCUCAUGUCCUCUGGCUUUCUUCAAGCCAUUAUAUCCUGGUUUCAGGACUAAGCAAAACCAGACAGAGGGAAGCAAUGCUAUGGGACACUCGCAACUUUGCAAAUCCAGUCUUCAGUCUUGAUUUUGGAAGUGCAAUCAGUUCCUUUUUGCCCCUGCAAGAUCCUGAAUCUGGCAUGACCUUCUUCCUUGGCCGAGGAGAGCGAACGAUAUCUUUUUUGGAGUGUAUAGAGAAAGGCCCAACACUGGUGGAACAGUCUCGCAUUACAAGUGAUCAGCAAACAAAGGCUGCUUGUCUUGUGCCCAAGAGGGCCCUCAAUCUCAUGCAGGCGGAGGUUAAUCGCAUCCUACAGCUUACACAAACUGAAAUAAUUCCUAUUAGUUACCAGGUGCCAAGGAAGUCUUACAGGGAUUUUCAUGCUGAUCUCUACCCUGAGAUCAAGGGUAUGCAUUCUGCAUUAUCUCCUUCAAUGUGGAUGGAGAACCUUAAUCUCCAUGUUCCAGCUAUGGAACUUGAUCCAAGUAAAAUUGCCAGCAUGGACACAAAGGUGGUGAAGGGAAAUUUAUCCUUCAGAUAUUCAGAACCAGGGGAAAAGAGAAAAGAUUAUGAAAAGAAGAAACAGAUCUUCCAACCCAACACUGACAAUCAUAAGGAUAUGUCUCACAUGGAACUAAAUGGAACCAAGGUGCCUGCUGUUCCUCUUAAGCCAACAAUCAUGAGGCAGAGCUCAAGUGAGACCCAAGAAUCUGAAUGCCUCUCUCCCAAGGGAUCUCUGAUUUCAAGAGAUGUUCCUGAGAGAAAGAGUAUGAAGGAUCUCAGAAAUCAGUUUGAGAAUAUAACCAGUUCUAAUGCUGUGUCUGAUGCAAGAGUAUCCAGGACUAAUGAGAAGGCCAUGAGUUUCACAGUGCAAGGAACAGGCGAUUCUGAAUCCACAGUUAGUGCAACAGUACAAAAGCUAACUGCUUGGAGUGAUACUGGAAAUGACCAAUUUGUCUCUAGGAGCAGUUCUUUUCAGAGGCAGAGUUCACAGAGAAAGAGCAAGACCUUUGGUCGGGUGGCCAAGUACCGACACUUAGAGGGAACUGUCCCACCCAAGAAGGAGGUCUUUGAGAAUUUGAAAGGUGUGAAUUCAUCCCUUCCCACUGAGUGUGAUGGCCUAGCAGGGAAUAGGAAGAGGUUUGCAUUAAGUCUGGCAGGUCCUGGUGGAAAGCUGGCCAUUCUGGAACUCUCCAGUGUAGGACGAAUUCCAGAUGGCGUUCUUCCAUCUGUCAUCAAUGGUGCUUCUGUCACUGAUUUCCAAUGGGACCCUUUUGAUGAUGGUCGUCUUGCAGCAUCAUGUGAUGAGGGAACAAUCAAUUUAUGGUGUAUUCCUGAUGAUGGCCUCAAAGAAUGCAUCAAUGAGCCCCAGAUGACCCUCAAAGAAUCAACUGAGAAGAUCUCUUUGAUCAGAUUCCAUCCCCAAGCCAAGGAUGUCCUCCUGGCUGCUUCCAAUGAAGGAGACCUGAAGAUUUGGGAUCUCACAGCAGCAAAUGUGGCAAUCUGCAUUUUGGACCAUUCCAAGCAGGUGUGGAGUGCAGCAUGGAGCCCUGAUGGACAAUGGCUGGCAACAUCCUGCAAGGAUGGCUACAUCCGCAUCUUUGACCCAAGGAAGAGUCCAGAAGAACCAGCAAGGAAAGGUCCUUGUUCUGACAAAGGAAGGGGUGCUCGAGUACUUUGGGCCUUGCAGGGGAAACUUCUUAUCACCUCUGGCUUUGAAAGGGCUUCUGAGAGGGUGAUCAAAGUGUAUGACUCGAAAGAUCUAUCCAAUCCAAUCCACACUCAGAGCAUGGAUGUCAGUCCCUCUCUGAUAAUGCCUUUGUAUGAUGAAGAUUCAGCAACUCUGUUCCUUUAUGCCAAGGGAGAUACUACCAUUCAUACUUUUGAGGUGAUAGAGGAUUCACCUUACCUCUAUCCCUUGACUCCACAUCGUAGCACAAGCCCACAUCAAGCAUUGACACUUCUCCCCAAGAUUAUGUGUGAUGUGAGGAAAGUGGAGUUUGCAAGAGCCCUGCGACUGAUUGAUGGGAUGAUUGAACCCAUUUUCUUCACUGUGCCAAGGGUUAAGAAUGAGUUCUUCCAGGAUGAUCUUUUCCCACCUACCAGAGUCACAUGGGAGCCUAGCCUCACAGCAAUUGAAUGGCUUUCUGGUGAAACAUGCAUUCCAAAAUUCAUCAGCCUCCAGCCAGAUGAUAUGAUGAGUUUGUCCAGGGCUGAAAGCAUUCCUCAGAUGCCAAAGCAAGGGACCAUGGAAUCACCAAAAGUCAAUGCAAACAACUUUAUGGGACCUGAAACUAUUCCGGCUGUCAUGCUCAAACCUGGAGCAAGAGACCCUGACCAGAAGAAGAAGCAAGAGGAAGUGGAAGCAUCCUUGAGCAAGAUGAUGAGAAUGGAUAUGAGGCUUGAACAAGAUGGCAUGGAAGGAGUUGCACCUCAUGAAUGGGGAUUCAAUGAGAUUCAGACAUCCUCUCCUCAAUAUUGCACCUUCGACAUGCCCCGGCCACUUACUGGUAAUACUCCCAGAGGAAGAAAUUCCAGCUUCCAGAAAGGAGGAGUCGACCAUGGAGCCAAAAGCCUCAGAGAAAACGGACAACCACCGCAGAAGAAAUUUAAAGAAGGGGAUAAUGGAGAUGGGAAUCUUUCCUCAUUUGAAAUGGAACUGCUGCAGCUUGAUGAUGCAGAAGUUGAAAUGUUUGAUAGUGAAUCACCAGAGCUCCAAGGGAUGGGGCCAGAAAUCAUGCAGACAAGUGCAAAAUGGAGUCGCCCUGCACCCCCAAAAUACAAUUCCAAUGAAGAUACUCUGACUUUUCAUCAAAUUGAUGUUGAUCACUACAUUGGUCAGGCAAUAAGAGGCAUGCCUGGGGCACAAAGUGGACCAGUUCCAAUCAUGAGAAUGUUUGGCAUCACAAAGUUGGGGAAUUCUGUGUGCUGUCAUGUUCAUGGCUUUGUUCCUCAUUUUUAUGUCCUAGCCCCAAAUGACUUUUCUGAAGAUCAUGUCAAGGAAUUCCUUGACUCACUGAAUAGAGCUGUCUUAGAUGAUAUGCGAUCAAAUAAGGAAGGCUUGAAUCAUGCUGUUCUUGCUGUGGAGAUCCAGAGAAAAGAAUCCAUAUAUGGAUUCAGUGGGAAUCAGAAAUCAGACUUCAUCAAAAUUACAAUGGCCUUACCCAAGCUGAUUGCUCCAGCAAAGCGUCUCCUGGAAAGGGGAGAGAUAGAGGUUGAUGUUGCCUGGGAUGCCAUGAUUGCUCAUCCUCCUGAGGGAGAGUGGGCUGAUAUUGCACCUUUCCGUAUUCUCAGUUUUGACAUUGAGUGUGCAGGCAGGAAAGGUGUGUUCCCAGAACCAGAGAAAGACCCAGUGAUUCAGAUUGCCAAUAUGGUUGUUCAUCAAGGUGAAAAGACACCUUUUAUUCGUAAUGUCUUUACACUUCACUCAUGUGCUCCUAUUGUUGGAUCUCAAGUCAUCAGCUGCAGCAAUGAAAGAGAUCUUCUAAAUGGAUGGGCCAAUUUCAUCAGAGAAGUCGACCCUGACAUUAUAACUGGAUAUAAUAUCCAGAACUUUGAUCUACCUUAUCUUCUGAACCGAGCAAAGGCUCUCAAAUGUGAAAACUUCCCUUACCUUGGUCGGGUCAAGGAUAUCAGGACUGUGGUAAAAGAAACAGUUCUUCAGAGUAAACAGUUGGGUCGCAGAGAGAGCAAGAACAUCAACACAGAGGGCCGAGUCCAGUUUGAUCUUCUUUUAGUCCUUCUGAGGGACUACAAGCUUCGUUCAUACACUCUGAAUGCUGUCAGUUUCCACUUCCUCCAAGAACAGAAAGAAGAUGUGCAUCAUUCCAUCAUCACUGACCUCCAGAACAAAGAUGAACACUCUCGUCGCAGGCUUGCAGUAUACUGUUUGAAAGAUGCCUACCUUCCAUUGAGGCUCCUGGAUAACCUGAUGUGCAUCAUCAAUUACAUGGAAAUGGCUCGAGUCACUGGAGUGCCUCUGGGAUAUCUGCUCACUCGAGGCCAGCAGAUCAAAGUUGUCUCUCAGCUGCUCCGAAAGGCCAAAGAGCAAGAUCUUCUCUUUCCUGUGGUGAAGUCAGAAGCUGGAGAGGACUUCAUGGGAGCAACUGUGAUUGAACCAGAGAAGGGCUUUUACAAUAUUCCCAUUACAACCUUGGAUUUCAGUUCUCUAUAUCCAAGCAUCAUGAUGGCUCACAAUCUCUGCUAUACAACACUCCUCAGUCAAUCCUCUAUAGAGAAACAUAAGUUGGCUCCUGAAGAUUUCAUCAAGACACCUUCUGGAAACUUGUUUGUGAAGUCAUCAGUUCGUAAAGGUCUCCUUCCUGAAAUCUUGGAGAAUCUCCUUGGUGCCAGAAAGAAGGCCAAGGCUGAUCUCAAAGAAGAGACCGAUCCUUUCAGGAAGCAAGUUCUUGAUGGCAGACAAUUGGCACUGAAAAUCAGUGCCAAUUCAGUGUAUGGUUUCACUGGUGCUCAAGUUGGGAAGCUUCCUUGCUUAGAAAUUUCUCAGGUGAUCUACGGUGAUACUGACUCUGUGAUGGUUCGAUUUGGUGUAGAGACUCUUACAGAAGCUAUGGCACUUGGGAGAGAAGCUGCUGAAUAUGUUAGCAACAAGUUCAUCAAGCCCAUCAAGUUAGAAUUUGAAAAGGUAUAUUUCCCAUACCUCCUGAUCAAUAAGAAGCGCUAUGCCGGUCUCUAUUUCACACGCCCUGAUACAUAUGACAAGAUGGAUUGCAAAGGCAUUGAGACUGUUCGGCGAGAUAAUUGUCCUCUUGUGGCCAAUCUCAUCAAUACCUGUCUGGAGAAGAUCCUUAUUGACAGGGAUCCAAAUGGAGCUGUGGAAUUUGCCAAGCAGACUAUAUCAGACCUGCUAUGUAAUCGUGUGGAUAUUUCUCAGUUGGUCAUCACAAAAGAACUGACCAAGACAGAUGAGGACUACAAAGCUAAGCAGGCACAUGUGGAACUGGCAAACAGAAUGAAGAAAAGGGAUGCUGGCUCUGCACCAAACUUGGGUGAUCGAGUCCCUUAUGUGAUAAUGGCAGCUUCCAAAGGCACAGCAGCUUACCUCAAGUCAGAAGAUCCCAUUUAUGUCUUGGACAACAACAUUCCCAUCGAUUUUGAAUACUACCUACAAAAUCAGUUGGCAAACCCUCUUCUCCGCAUUUUUGAGCCUAUACUAGGGGAGAAGGCUGAGUCCAUCCUCUUACGUGGAGAUCAUACACGCACCAAGACUAUGGUGACCUCAAAGGUAGGAGCCUUGGCUGCAUUCACAAAGAAACGAGCCUCAUGCAUUGGAUGUAAGGCCGUCCUCGAUGGAAACACUGAUGCCAUCUGCAAGUAUUGCAAACCUCGGGAAGCUGAAAUCUAUCAGAAUGAAGUUGCUCAGCUGAAUGCCUUGGAAGACAAGUUUGCUCAGCUCUGGACUCAGUGCCAGAGGUGUCAAGAUUCCCUGCAUGAAGAUGUCAUCUGCACUAAUCGGGACUGUCCAAUUUUCUACAUGCGGAAGAAAGUUCGGCAGGACUUGGAAGCCCAAGAUGCUGUGAUUCAACGAUUUGGUUCCCCAGUCUGGUGA